UGCAGAUUCCGCCCGCUGGCAUGGCGUAGCAGCAGCAAAGAGAGCAAAGCCGGUGGCAAAUCCGCCAGGAGCAUGAAAUGCAACAGCGGCGAUAGCGGCAUCCACAUAGAGAUGGUACCAGACUGCGGGGGAAGCAGCGAGGGCGCCAGCAGCAGCAACAGCAGCUGCCCCAUCGUCGGGGGCGGCUGCGCCAGCGCCAGCGGCGGCUCCUCCCGCAGUAGCGCCUCGGGCGAAGGUAACGGAAGUUCUCCCGCCAGUCGUCAACGCAAUCACCAGCCGGACAACGCUGUCGGCGCGCCGCCGCUGGCUGCAGCGGGCCAGCGCCAGCGCCAGUCUGGCAACGUCGAGGAGGAGGAGACCUUCGGGGGCCACGCCCCAAGAAGGAGGCGCAACAAACAGCAGGUUGCCUCCCAGGAGGGCGGCUUCGGAAGCAGCGGGGAGUGGAGCAGCAGCGGAGGCGGCGGGGGCAGCGGCGGCACUUCGUCCGCCACUCACCAGGGGGCAGGCUCAGCAAAGGCCGGAGGACGACAGCCCAGACCGCACUCAGACCUUCUUAACCAAGCUGACCUAAGGCAGUACCACCUGCAGCAACAACAGCCACAUCAGUGGCGUACGGGCACCGGUGCCGCGGGGGGUCGCGUUCGGCGCACGCGCAGCGACCUCGGCGAGCACCCCGUCGGUUCGUACAGCGGCGCACUGUCCGCAGCCUAUCAGCACGCCCUUCGCCGACAGAUGGCCUUCUCUUCGUCUUCCCCCUCCCCGCAUCAUCAACCCAAAGGACACCAGGAGUCAACACCGCAGGUAGUAUUUCGAACAUCUAGUAGCAGAGUGAGUCGCCUUUCAGCCCAUCAUCACAGGCUACGAAGAUCUCUGAGCCAGCCCCUGGACAUGGAUAAGUUAGCCUCCUCACCAACACCUCCACUGAUGGUAAUGCCAUCUCAUAUGGUCAUGGAUGUUAAAGGAUCUGCUGCUGAUGUGCGUCCUAGUGAAACGAACUAUAGUGAAGACGAACUGGAUCACCAUCGCAGUCACUAUACGUCUGACUCGGAGACGAUGUCUGAUUCGGAAUCGUCCAUGGCCUCCUUGACGGACCAUGGAAGGAGGUGCUUGGACAGUGCGGACUCGUUAGAGAAAAAGAUAAUGGUACUCGCAGAGGCAGUUUUCGACCAUGUGGCUAUCGAACCAGAGGAGUUGGCCUUUCGCUCUGGAGAUCUCGUGGAGGUCCUGGAAACCAAAAACAGAGACUGGUGGUGGGGCUCAAGUGGUGGCAGGAGCGGUUGGUUUCCAGCGCAUUUCGUCAGGUUACGAGUGAACCAAGAGGACACCGUCGAGGAUUGCCUGGCCGCCAUGGCCUCCGGCGUCCAUCGCAUGGCCUCCAGUCGUCGCACCAGCGUUUCUCUUCUCUCGAACGAUGAAGUGCGGGCCAAUGUGCUUUCGGAGCUCGUUAACACCGAGAGAGACUUCGUUAAGGUGCUCCAGGAUAUUUGCGAGGGGUACGUUCGCGAAUGCCGAAAACGCUCGGAUAUGUUCAGCGAGGAGCUGGUGCGCACGAUUUUCGUGAACCUGGAGGAUAUCCUGGACUUCCAGCGGGACUUCCUCGCCGACUUGGAGGCGUGCGGCGACAACGUGGGCGUGGUCUUCCUGAAGCACAGGACCGGAUUCAAGAUGUACUCGGACUAUUGCAACAGUCAUCCUAUGGCUACAGCGCAGCUGAUGGAGUUGUACCAAUCGAAUAGCUACAGCAAGUUUUUUGAAGCAUGCAGGCUCCUGAGAGGUCUCAUGGAGAUCCCUCUUGAUGGCUACCUCCUGACUCCUGUCCAAAGGAUCUGUAAGUACCCUCUCCAGCUAGCAGAAUUGUUGAAGUAUACAAGACCUGACCAUGAAGACUACGAGAAUAUCAAAGAAGCAUUGGAUGCCAUGAGAGGGGUAGCGGUACUGAUCAAUGAAAGGAAGAGGAAGAUGGAAAGCCUGGAGAAGCUUGCUGCUUGGCAGAUGAGGGUGGAAGGAUGGGAGGGUGAAGACCUCAUUGAUCUCAGCUCACAGCUUAUAUACCAGUCAGAAGUAGUGCGUGUAAAUACAGGAAUGUGGACCAAUAACAUUAUGCUUUUUCUUUUCGAUCAUCAGAUUAUUUGUUGCAAAAAGAAUAUUUUCAAAAGACAUACAUAUGUAUAUAAAGGAAGGAUAUGCUUGGAUACCUGUGAAGUUAUUGAUGUACUCGAUGGCAAAGACAUACAUUUAGGAUGUACCGUCCGCCAUGCGAUCCGACUAGUCAGCAACUCGACGGAAUCCUCUGCCUCUUGUGAGUCGGUUCUAUUUUGUUGUCGCUCAGCAGGAGAUAAACAGCGAUGGCUGCGCGCUCUUGCGGAAGAACGGCGUCUAGUGGCACAAGAAGCAGCUAGUGACAGCGAUUUAGGGCUUGCGCCUGCUGCUAGGAGGCUAGCGCAAGCUACAGCGGCAGCGCACGCGCAGGCAGCUGCUAGGGGGAAGAGUAGGAGGCCUACUAGAAAGCCUAGGUCGAGGAGAAAUUUGAAACACUCCACAGGCUACACAGGUUCCGCUCUCCAGCUGAAUUCAAACAAUAACUCUUUAGGUAAGAAGGUAGGCGGUUGGUUCUCUUUCGGUACGAACAAAAAGACGAGACAUCAACAUCCUGAGGUUCCCUGAGACAGAACCACAUUGCUGUAACAAAACAUUUCGACUCACAAUAUGGGAGUAAGAAGAUGAAUAUUUCUGAUGCUGUUUCCAGAAAAAGAGGAUAUUUUGAUUUUACCUAAUGUGUUCUAUCUACAGACCUUUGAAGAAAAAAAAUAUAAAUUUUACUAUUGACACAUUGAUAUUUUUGCCAUGUACGUAAAAAAAUAAAGGAUUUAUUGUUCCUAAUAUCUUGUAUUCAUACAGUUCGCCAUGAAGCUUUACAACGCUUUAGGCAAAUAUUUUUGUAAAGGUACAGGUGUUUUUUAAAGAAGUUUCUCAAACUUUGCUACAUCUGUUCACAAAAAAGUAAAUAACAAAGUCUAAAGCAAUAAAUAUGGAAAACGUCAGUCACAAUAAGAGAAGCCACUGAACAGACAGUAUCUUUUAUCAAAAAAAUUCUCAGAGAAAGUUCUAUGGUACUCUACUUUAACCACUACUGCAUUUGGCUUCAUGAGUCACGCAGAAAAAUAAUUGGAAAAUGGUAUGUAUAAAAUGUGUUCAAUCAGUAGUACGUUCUUGAAAAGUGCCAUAAUAUUUUAGCUUCUUAUUAGCUAGCCCAUAGCUUUAGCUUCUAUAGCAAUAGAGUGUCUUCCAUUGAAAAACCAUGGACCAUAUCAUAGUAUAUCGCACAUUAUAACAUAAUUUUAAUCUGCACAUAAAAUACAGUAGUACCUAUUAUUUUGCUCAUAUACAUAUUUGAAAACUGUCCAGUGUUCACUCUUAGCGCUUUUAAAAGCUAAAUCUUAUUCCUGGAUAUUUUAAUAUUCUCAUCUUCAAACAAUUCUUAAAGGAAGUAUGAGGGCGUUUCAGAGCUAAAAUUCAUCUGAUUGCUCCCUUUCAAAACUGUCAAUUUUUUCCCACAAGCAGUCAAUAUUUGAAGAGGUUUGAAAUGUUUUGUUGUUAGAAACGUCAGUUUCAGAAAGAAACAUCAACUACAAAAGAACAGAUAACUAAGUCUACUAGAAAGGAGCAAAACCUUUCGGUCUAUUGUUGUAUGAAACUGGCGUUCUGCAGUUUUUUCUUAGAACUAGUUAGUGAUAUUUGUGGCUGUUAUACACGACUUAGCUGUGCAAAGUGGACAUUAGAUACAUACAGCUGUCUGGCAAUAGUGCUGAUGACUUGUAAGACAACUACCGUGACUGAUAUAAAUUUCAUAGUGAUUCUGAACGACCUCUGAAUUGGGUGCGAUAAUUUAGCAGUAAUACUGGGUCAUAAUAUUCGACUUCAGAGAUUGCUUCAACCGUUAUAACGAUUUAAAAUAAUCCUGUAAUUAUACAUGUCUUAAAAAUAAGCCAUGAAGCAAUAUUUAGGCUUGCACCUGCGGAAAGUUUUUUCACCAUACAUAUGGCGGUUAAACUAUCGCGUGCUAAGUUUGGGGCUCUCUGCACAUGCCGUAAUUUUCUAAAAUAGUUGACCUCCUGGUUGUCAAGAAUUGUUUGCAAACUUUGUAGUUUUCCCGGCAAAAUUAUCUACUACAAUAACUGAUUCAAUAUAUAGUGUCAUUUUUCUAUACCAGUAAAUAAAAUUAUAUAUACUGACACGCAUAUAAAUGAUGUUAGCAUUUAAAUUUGUAUGGAAUCUCCGUAAUAAUUAUAUAUAACAAUUAAGGCAGAAAACAGUUAAAAAUAUAUCUUUAAAAUGUUGGAAGUAUCAUAUAUAUUAUCUUUGGCAAUUUGUACCACACGAUUUGUAGUACUAAGUCUGUUGUCCCUUCUAAGAUAAGAGCAAAUCCAUAGAAUGCGUCGGAGUACAAUGGAAAACACUAUUCUUAUAAACAUUUAUUCCGUUUCAUUAAAGUAUUUGUUGCAUUCUGUAUCAAACGUAUUCUAUGAAACUUGAAUUAUACAGAAGCACCCUUUUGACAAAAACAUUUGGACUUUAAUCAGGAAAAACAGUCUUUUUGUACAGUAUUUCAGUAUUACACAUUUUCUGAGAAAACCGCAGAUAAACUCGAUGUUAGACCUAAGAAAGCGCACAAAUGUUGAUACCAUUGACUCUGAAGUAUUCUGUAAUUUCAACGUCAUGUAUAAGCAUUCUGUAUAUACUCUACAGCUAUCUAAGCUAUGUAACUGGUUGUAUAUACUCCUAUGAUCUAGCUGUGUAUUUUGUACUUCUUUCUAUACACCUUCCGGUGGUGUUCUUUCUACUCAUACACACGAAUUCUAAGCAAUAUUUAUCUAUGUAUAUUGUCCGUAUUACUGUUGAACUUUGAACCGUAUAUAUUGUAAUAUUACGACUGUUAACUAUAAUAAGGAAUAGGCCGUAGCAGGGUAUUGUAACAUAAACAGCAGAUUCUUGAUAUUCGUAUUUUGGAUGGAACACUCAUUGUUGGAAGAAGGAAUUUGGUAAUAAAUUGCAUUUGUAGUAGAGAUCUGGAGUGUAUUUAGCAGUGUUCAGUUGCAUAGAUCGAAGAUAAACCGGAACAGGAAGCAUUAUGCGAUAUAUUUUGAAACCACUAUUUAGAAAAUUCCACUUUGACAAUUUUUGGCUUCCUCACAAGGCCAAUUAAUUUGAAUGGAAUCUGAAUGUUAUUGGUCAUAAAAUUUGAGACGUAAUGUGCGGGCAAAAACUUUGUCACACCCUUUGUACACAAAUAUGCUUAUCAACCAAAGUAUAUUAUGAAAUGAAAAAAAUAUGGGCGAGUUCCUCAUAUGAAUCCGUUAAAUGUGCGGGCCUAAUGUGUACAUAAACCACGAAAAAUAUUCGGUGGGGCCUCUCUUCCUUGUAAACUUUGUUGAUCUCGAAUGUUUGGAUGUCAAACGAUUACAACAUUCCACAAAUUAUUGUGACUAUGAAUAAACACAGAAGUUGUUGUCAUGAUUCGUAUAAACUUUAUCCUUAGAUUUGUUUUGUGAUGAAUUUGACAUCCGUUCGUAAAUCGUUAAGCAUGUUUAUCAAUUGACUGAAUAUCGUCAUUCCUCCGCAACACUUCCAUUGUCUCAGGACCAGUCCAUUGUCCAAAAUAUCCAGGAUUUCAGAUCAUACAUACAUUUUUUUUCAUGAAUGCGUUUUCCGUUUAAAAAUUCUUCACGUUGUUACAUACAUCGUAGUGGAAGAUUAGAUUGAUGAUUAGCCUGCUUUCUCCAUGAAACACAUUUUCCCAUGUCAUUUUUCAGUUACUUUGUUUUACUUUAGAGAUGGCUGAAGCAGAUAUUUAACAUAUCCUUCUUCGAGUCCUAGCACACUUGGUGUAAAUUCAACAUUUUGAUGUUGCCAAAGUUCUUAAAUAUGAAUCUAGUAAUGUAGCUUUCAUUCGACAGACCAUAAACGGCGAACCAUGGACAGCUGUUUCUUGCUAUUUGGUAACUCUUCAUCAUAGUAUAUGCUUGGUCUAGGUGCACAACGAACGACAGCUGAGCAACUGUACUUUAUUCAGAGUAUAAGGUCUAUCGAAAUCAGAUAUCCAUUAACAGAAUCGACCCUGCGAAAACAAAAACAGCAAGCUGUUUGUUGUUCCUUUAUGGCAUUGUCAGCCGCGUUACCAAAUAGCACGAAACACCUACUAGUUUGUUCAACGUGGAGUAGUCCCUAUGACCAGAAUCGGUGGCAUCAAGAGGCCACAGUGGUGAACCGGCUGACAAUGCGAACUGGCAUACAGUUCAAACAGACAGCUUGCUGUUUUCACUUUCGCAGUGGUCGAUUCUGGUAAUAGUUGGCAUAUUUUAUUUCUUAAAUAUCCCUCAAACACCCGUUAACAAAAUCCUAAAGCAUUGUAUGGAGUAUUUAUUGUUAUUGUAAACCUUUGUUUUAUAAUUGCUUAUAAUUGAUUUCUCAACGAUGUUUAUUAAAUGUUGAAUGGCCCUGGAUCUUGAAGUAUAUCGUUAAUUAUAAGUAAAGACUUGAAUGUGGUCAAUGCAUCCACAUACCAAAUUUUAGUACAUUCCAGUUGAUGGUUUUGUAGAGAUUAGAAAAAUCUUUUUAAUGCAGCCCUCAAAAUGCGGUCGUAUGAAUGAUGUUUCAUUUUUGGUCACGACUUGUGAAUCACCCUGUAUAUAUGUUGUAUGUAGAUGUAAGCUAAACAUCAUAUUGAAUAAAUAUAAUUAAGAUAAUUCGUCAAUUUAUACGCAACUAGAAACCAAAGGUACCCCGAAAACGCUUUGGGCUUUUGUUAAUGGGUGUUUAAGAAAUUGGCAACAUUAAAAUGUUCACAUUAUUUUUCGAGGUAGUAAAUGGCAUAUCUUGCACUUUCGUAAAUGCUAAAAAUCGCUUAUAUCUCGAAAACAAAAGCAGAUAUAAAAAAAGGAGGUAUAUUUUUAAAAUCAGCGUAUCAGAAAUAUAUAAAAUCUUCUGCACCAAUUUUGUUUUUUCAUUUUGUUGGGCCGUGUAAUGAUUGAUUUGGUCGAUCAACUGGACCCAAAACUAAUUAUACCACAUAUCUGAUAAAAUAUGCGCACAAACAUUGGAAUUCAAACGUCACCUCACAAUACUCGCGUACACUCUGAUACCCAAUUCGUAUACUCAACAGGGUAAACCCAUACGUUACUCUGGCAUUAUUUUUUUAACCCUGUAUGUAUAUUGAUCACGGUACAGGAUGUUUUGGAAACGUAUGUAAGGUGCAAUUUUACACCGCGUUUUUGUUGUGAAGCUUCUUUGAAAUUGUCGUGAAGUUAUGCUUCCAAUCAUGCUUCACUGGUUAUCGGAUUGGGAGCGUAAAGCGUGACUUUCCCACAAUACAUUAAUUUAUAAUAAUAAAAUGAGAUAUGUACCUCAAUUCAUUUAAUCACUUUGAGAUGUUGAAUUGAUGAUAAGCUUUGGAAUUUGAUUUCAAAAAUCAUAUUUCUGACGUCAAGUAGAAAAUUGAAAAUUCCUCUAACAUUAAGUCAAAAAUGCGCAAGAUGUGUUGUUGUGAUUAUUUUCUCAGCAUUCUGAAACGCCCUGUACACCAUAAGUAGUAUAACGGAUGUAGUAUAGAAACUAUAGCAUGUUUAAGGGUGUUGGCAGAUAUACGUGCCAAAAUUGUAAAAAAGCCUGGCCAAGCCUAGGCAUGUGUUCAUAAUAUUGUUGCGUUUUGAAAUAUAUCUGUUAAGGACCAAGCUUUACUCUGUUACAAAGUUAUUUCUAUUGUUAAUUUAGUUUUGUUAUUUUUGUUGAAUAAUGUUAUAACCUAUC